AUGUCCAUGAGAUCAACAUCUACCACCAUGUUCCGUCGCGCAUUGCUCGGUGCCCGUCUGGGCUCCUCCGUCUCCGAGUCAUGCAGCCGAACCAUCAGGCCUGCAGCAUUCGCCCCAUCUAGGAGCGUAUCCAGCGCUGCCCGUCUGCCAACACUCACAGCUUCAGAGACUCGUCGCCGGCCGACAGUCCGACCGCAUCAGCAACCUGUUGCAUCCAGCGGAGUCAACGGCUUGUCCCCGACCAGCAAGCGCACCAUCUUCAUCCAGACGGAAAACACACCCAACCCCGAUGCUCUCAAAUUCAUUCCCAACCACCGCGUCAUUCCCGAAGAUUUCCCCUCGUCCUUCCUCGAAUACCUCACACCCCGCUCAACCCUCGCACCACCGCACCCGUCCCCACUCGCGGCAAAGCUCCUAGACGUCGAAGGCGUAACCUCCGUCUUCUACGGUCCCGAAUUCAUCACCGUCACCAAGUCCAGCGACGUAAACUGGGCACACAUCAAGCCGGAAGUCUUCAGCCUCAUCACGCAAGCCGUGACAUCCGGUGAGACGAUUGUGUCGACAGUGGAACAUGACGGAUCAGAGGAAGCGCAGGAAUUCGAGAACGACUCCCUUGCUUUCAAUGAGGAGGAUGACGAGGUCAUUGGCAUGAUCAAGGAACUUCUGGAAACUCGCAUUCGCCCCGCUAUCCAGGAGGAUGGUGGUGAUAUCGAGCUGCGUGGGUUCGAGAAUGGAAUUGUUAUGCUUAAGCUUCGUGGUGCUUGUCGUACUUGUGAUUCUAGCACUGUUACCUUGAAGAAUGGUAUUGAGUCAAUGCUCAUGCACUAUGUGAGUUUUACCCCGACCCCCCCCCCCCAAAUCCUCAUUCCCCCAAUACCCCUCCCAUUGCUUUCCGUGGAGCGCUCGGCGGCUGGGAGUAGGGCUAGGAUCGAAGAGGUCCAGGGCGUAGAGCAGGUCAUGGAUCAAGAGGAGGCGAUCUCGAUGCAUGAAUUCGCUCGCUUCGAGGAGAAGCUGCGACAGCAGAAGGGCGAGGCCGCAACGGCCAGCAGCCCGCUGGACAGUGCGCCUUAA